GAACAACAGCAGAUCGUUUCAAAGACUGUCCUCAGCGGGGGUUACUGUUGGUUUGAAGCCUUCUUUUAUUCUCAGCACAGCAAUAAUGGAAAUUCCAGUGUUUGUCCUGGAUGCCUUCACCAAUUUGCUAUUCAAGGGAAACCCUGCUGCCAUUUGUCCACUUAUGCAUGAGCUGAGUGAUGAUUUGUAUCAGAAGAUAGCAACAGAGAUGAAUCUGUCAGAAACUGCUUUCAUCACCAGGACCAACCCCUCUGACAGUUUCUCUACAGGAUCAAGGUUCCGCCUUCGAUGGUUCACACCAACCAAUGAGGUGAAUCUGUGCGGUCAUGCAACUUUGGCCUCUGGAGCUAUGCUGUUCGAGCAUCAGAACAAUGUAAAUCCCACAGUGGUGUUUGAGACUCUGAGUGGCGAUCUGGCCGUCACCAAGAAGGGGGACGGCUACGUCAUGGACUUUCCUCUCAAUCCACCAGGCCAAGAGGAUCCUAACGCCUUCAGAGACAUUAUCAAGGUGGCAGUUGGAAACCACCCAGUUCAGGAUGUUUGUCUGAGCCCCACCACUAAGAAACUGAUGAUUCGACUGGCUGAUAGCUGUGACAGGUCUGUACUAACCAGUCUGAAGGUUGACGCUGCUGCUCUUCAGAGCACUGAGAAGAGUGGAAGAGUCAAAGGACUAAUCAUCACAGCGAAAGGAUCACCAGAUUGCCAGCCAGGAUACGAUUUCUACUCCAGAUUUUUUGCUCCAUGGAAUGGCAUCGAUGAGGAUCCUGUCACUGGAUCUGCCCACACCGUCCUCGGUAGCUACUGGUCCGAAAAACUAGGAAAGAAAAAAAUGCUGGCUUACCAGUGCUCCAGUCGAGGCGGGGAACUGGAACUUGAAGUGAGAGAUGAUGGAAGAAUCAACAUAUCUGGACAGGCUGUUAGUGUUCUGCAGGGAACAAUCACAAUAUAGUUUCAGACACAGAUAACGAGCUGAGAGGUCAAAACAUACCUGCAGAUAGACGCUUUGUAUCUUCUAUUAAUAAAUACAAGAUGGCAUAAAAAAAAAAGCAGACUAGAGUCCAGACUGGUAAGCCUUACAACGAAAUAUCACUCAACUAACCAGCAUACUAUAGGAUAGAAAAAAACAGCACAUUUUGUAAGGAUUUGCAUUAUUUUAUUCACAUAACAAUAACUCAAAACAAAUGACAAGAUUUUAAAUAAAUAAACUCAAAGUCUAUCUUCAAGUAAAACAGAUUGAAUGUUGAAUUACAGUUGUGGUCAGAAUGUUAUUUGACAAAGUCCAACAUGACAGUUUACUGGCGUUAUAAUACAACAAGGCUUUCCAAAAUGAUUCUGAGCAGGAUCAUUCUUGUCACUGUAGUUUCUUCUACAUUCCUACAAUUCCAACUGUUCUGUCUUCUGCAAUCUGUUUCUGUCCAGCUUUAGUUCAGCUGGUCUACAGAGGAAUUGAGAUAAAUGACUCAAAUGCUUGAAUUUACUUUAGCUUUUGCUGUUACUUAACAUAAGAGAUAGAAAACUUAGUUGAUAAAAAGAUAAAUCAAUAAAACAAUUUAUAUACCA